UCCAAACUCCGUAGCCAUACGGUUUUAGGGCUUAAACAAAGAAAACUGAAGCCGGAGAAGAGGGCUCUUCCUUCACUGUCUUAUCCUAAUCUUCCAACAAAGAUGGAUCGGUACCAUAAGGUUGAAAGGCCGAGAGCAGAGCAACCAAUUGAUGAGAAUGAGAUCCGAAUUACCAGUCAGGGAAGGAUGCGAAACUAUAUCACAUAUGCCAUGAGUUUGAUUCAGGAAAAAGGAUCGUCGGAAAUUGUGUUUAAAGCAAUGGGCAGAGCAAUCAACAAGACUGUUACAAUUGUGGAGUUGAUAAAGAGGAGAAUUGUUGGUCUUCAUCAAAUUACAGCCAUUGGAUCUACAGACAUAACUGAUACAUGGGAACCGCUAGAAGAAGGCUUACUUCCUCUAGAAACCACAAGGCACGUCUCGAUGAUCACUAUAACGCUCUCCAUGAAGGAGCUGAAUACAUCAUCCAUUGGGUAUCAGCCUCCAUUGCCAGCUGACCAGGUGAAGGUGGCAACUGAAUUUGAGUAUGAAGGAGAGGGGUCACCAACUGGAAGAGGCAGGGGUCGUGGUGGAAGGGGAAGGGGAAGGGGAAGGUCCAGAGCCAUGCCUGGAAAUGGUUAUGGACCAGGAGAGUAUGAUGAUGGGGGGUGGGAUGCACCUCGUGAUUACACAAGGGGAAGGGGCCGAGGAAGAGGACGCAAUUUUCGAGGUCGUGGGAGGGGAGGUUACAAUAAUGGUUCUUAUGUGGAUGAUCAGUAUGAUGGAGGAUAUAAUCAAGAAGUACCCAUGCAAGGGCGAGGGCGUGGCCGUGGGAGGGGAAGCCGUGGGAGGGGUCGUGGAUUUAGAUCAAACGGUCCAAUGCAGGCAGCAGUCGCAGGUGGAGGUGUUUAAAAGCAUGCAACGGUUUCGGAGUUUUGGAGGACGGGUAAUGUGUUCUUGUUAUGUCUUGUUUUGUAAUUUUGGUAAAAGCUUAGGCCUUAUCAGUUUGUUUGUAAGAGUGAGUAGAGAGUAGUAGGGUUGA